ACCAAAUAGAUAUUUUUUUUGCUCAGACAUGGAUUGACAACCGCCUUAGAUUCAACAGCACUAUGAAAAUUUUAACACUCAACAGCAAUAUGGUGGGAAUGAUCUGGGUUCCAGAUACCAUCUUUAGAAAUUCCAAGACUGCUGAAGCCCAUUGGAUAACAACACCCAAUCAGCUGCUUCGAAUAUGGAAUGAUGGAAAAAUUUUGUAUACUCUCAGGCUUACAAUUAAUGCAGAAUGCCAACUACAGCUGCACAAUUUUCCGAUGGAUGAGCAUUCCUGUCCGCUAAUAUUCUCCAGCUAUGGCUACCCCAAAGAAGAAAUGACAUACCGAUGGAGAAGGAAUUCUGUGGAGGCAGCAGACCAGCAGUCAUGGAGACUGUACCAGUUUGAUUUCAUGGGUUUGAGAAAUACUACAGAUACUAUAAAAACAUCAGCAGGCGAUUAUACUGUCAUGACGAUAUACUUCGACUUAAGCAGAAGAAUGGGAUAUUUCACGAUUCAAACAUAUAUACCUUGUAUUCUAACAGUGGUACUCUCAUGGGUGUCAUUUUGGAUUAACAAAGAUGCCUCACCAGCCAGAACAGCACUUGGUAUUACUACAGUUUUGACAAUGACAACACUGAGCACCAUUGCAAGGAAAUCUUUGCCACGGGUGUCUUACGUCACAGCGAUGGACCUCUUUGUGACUGUUUGCUUCCUGUUUGUCUUUGCAGCACUAAUAGAAUAUGCAGCACUCAAUUACUACUCCUUCUGCAGAAAACCAAGUUGUCCGAAAAAGAAGAAACAGAUGUGCUCCAGGGAACCUAACAGGGGCCACAGUAACUACAGCCAACGAACACGGUGGCUUGUGGACAAGAACAACUAUCCUCUGGUAGUUUGUGGCCCACCACCAGACUGCAGUCACAGGAACAAGAACUAUUCAGUGUUGCACGUAGGACCGCCACCUACGGUUAUCGCAUUAAAUAAUUCCACAUACUGGCAGGAGUAUGAAGAAAACUGUAUUUAUGAUUGCCUUGAUGGUAAAGACUGUCAGAGUUUCUUCUGCUGCUAUGAAGAAUGCAAAUCAGGGUCAUGGAGAAGAGGUCGAAUUCACGUUGACCUUUUAGAAUUAGACACAUAUUCCAGGGUCUUCUUCCCAACAUCGUUUCUAUUGUUUAACCUUGUCUACUGGGUUGGAUAUCUCUACCUUUAACAGGAGCCAACAAUCAGUUAAAGACUUUGCAGUUUUUGCAGCUUUAUAAGUAAAAUGAUGCUAUACUGGACAGAGUGGAACAUACAGGAUUCAGUCAUAAACAUUUACUUGUGUUCUUCUUCAUAGACACCACCAAGAAAGUUGCAAAAUUAUUUACCAACAAGGUACAAACUCUGCCUUCAACAAAGUGCAAGCACUGUUUUAAAUUCUGCCACAUUUUAACUAAUUUAGAAAAACAGUGCAUUUACUUUAUACAUUUUUGCAGGUGUUGCUCAUUAACUCAGCAUAAACCUUAGCUUGUCUCCAUUUUUUAACUUUGCAGAGAGAUGUAAUUCUGUAAGAAUUGCUAGCACAUGUCACAUGCAUAGUAAGCGAUUAUAAUUUCUAUGGAACUAUUGCAUUCACUAUAAAAACUGUUAAAAUAGUUUCCUGUGUUUACAGAUAAGAACACUGUAAUAAAUGAAUAAUCAGAGUAAAUUGAUAGAGACUAGUUCUGUAGCCAUAGAUGGCAUUUUCCAGUAACAACGGUAAUAGAAUAUAAAUGUGCAUUAUGAGGCAUAGUUUAUCUACAAGGCAGAAGAUUAUAGAGUUAUGAAUUGAGUGCUUAGCAUUUUAUGUUUCCACUUCACUCCAUUUGCCAUAAUUGUCUUUCCAGCUUGCUAUCAUUAUCACAACGGAUGCCAAUAGCAAGAACCUGCAUUAAGGUGAACACUUCACAUAAAUAAUGAAGUAAGGUUUUAUGCCAUUUCUUUGUGCAUAAAUGGUACCUUGUAAGAAAGGAAGUGGAUGCAGGUGGUGUUGAAGUAGAAGCCCUUAUUUCAACAGAAUGCAGAAAUAAAAACAUUAAGUGAAACAAUUA